GUCAUAACUUGCCUGCCUUUUGGCAAUCUCCUCGAGCUUGUCACUUCAGGGCUGCAGGAGGGCUUCCGGCUGCUGGAGCCGCAGCCCUGGCCUUCCACGGCAUUCCUCCGCGCCUUCGACGAGGAGAACGAGGGCCCCGCGGUCACCGCCCAGGCCAACCCCAGCUUAAACAUGAAGUUCGCAGAGCUCGAGGAAAAGGCGACCGCGCAGUACGGGUCCAUACCCAUUCAGCUGGUGUGGCUCUCUUCAGCCUGGCAGAUCCUGGACCAGGUGGGCAUUGAACAUGCAGUCAGAGCGCUGGAGGGUGCCACCAUUCCCGACUACACCCGCUUUGUGACGAAGCAAUCGAUGUAUGGUGCCAGGUUUCCGACCUUCAUGGGAUACAUUAUCUUUCUUCCCACUGGCAAGCGCAUCGUGCUCAGAACGGAUGUGGCAACGCGACAGAUGGUGCCGCCUGUUCUGCCCUCAAGUCAGAUUCUGAUGACUGCGGCCUGGCCCACCAUCACGGCGAUGCUCUUCGCAAGCGACUUUCGCGUGGCGGACAGCACAGCGCCGGCGCUGCCGCCUGCCCCGUUGGGUGAUCUCGUGCAGUACUAUCCUUGCCCCCCAGGCUGCGUGGUGGCAGGCUUCAGCUGCCAGGCGUGCCCGCCAGGCACGUACCGAUCCAGGAUCAUGGAUGUGUGCGGCGCGUGCUUGAACGGGACCUACCAAGACAGUUGGGCAGGCAUGGUGUGCCAACCCUGUCCUGAUGGCGCGACGUGCCAAAAAGACCGUCCGCCAGUGCCGAUUUGGGGCCACUACGUCGUUGAGAACGAGGAAUUGAUGAGGCUCACUGGGAAAUGGAUGGGCCCAGAUGCCUGUUCCUCCCUUCCCGGCGGAGGCCUCGAAAAGCUGGCUUUCGCAGACACGUACAUCUGGGAAUCGAGCAAGCGAAUCCCACGCUGGCGCGUGGGCCUGUGCGAGCAUGCAGAAAAAUGUGAGGUUGGCAACGUGUGCCUGGAGUUUCACACGGGCAACGGAUGCAUGAAGUGCUCCCCGAGCGCUUCCAAGCUUUGGGGCGACGGCCCCUUCUGCAAGGGAUGCCCUGCGGACUGGGAACAGUGGCUGAACGCCCUGGCGCGAGCUGCGGUGCAGAUCGUUUUUGCGGAGCUGCUGUCCCGCGCGACUCGGAGUUCCGCUGAAAGCCUUCGACGGCUCGGGGCAGAUUUGCUGCUGACGUUGCUGCACGCGUGGCAGAUGCUUUGGCUCUUGAACAAGUCGGUUCAAGAGUUUCAUGCCACACACGUGACCUACUUGGUGCUGACUCCGGUUGACUACCUCAUGACACCUUGGCUUUUGCCUUUGGCGGACUGUACACAGCACGCCUACUCUGCAGACGGUGUCUGGCUGCAAAGCGUUGCGGUGAUAUCCUCCGGGCUGACUCUCUAUGUGUUUUUUUUUGUGCCGUACCUCUGCUUUUGCUGCUCCGCGGAAGCCAAGCAGUCGCUGCGGCGCAGGUGCAUUUCCUUGAACCAGGUGCUGCUCCCGAACCUUUUGUACUGGAGCGUCACGCUGCUGGAGUCCUGCGCCGAUGUGAAGCCCCUCUUCUCCAUCGCCGAUGCGGACAACUGCCAGGAGCCUGUGGACUUGGCAACGAAUCCCUCACUUCUCACUGUGCUCGCGGUGCUCAUCGUAGUGUACCUGCAGGGCUAUGCCGUAUGGGCUUGUCGUCGAGAUCACAGCCGCUCAGAUGCCCGGAAGCAGUUCGGUCUGCUCUUCAAUCCCACCCGGAGUGACUACUAUAUGUGGUGCUUCUUCGAGGGGCUCUACAUCCUGGUGCUGUGCAUUGCCAGCGCUUCGGUGCCGAAGGGCACCGGAUUUCUGCGGCAGGCGAUAUGCCUGGCCCUCUAUGUGAGCUACUUCAUCCUGCUGGUCAGCCUGGACCCCUUCCUGCCGGUCAGCGCCCGGGCGUUGUACCACAUCAAGCGAGAUAUUGCGAUAGAGCAAUUCGCUCUGAGCAUUAUCUUGCUCUUUGAACGGCUUAUGGACCUCCUGUCACUUCCUGAGACACUGGGCUACGAAUUCUCUUAUCACAGUCUCACUCUUGACAUUUGUGUCUCAGUGGCAGUGAUUCGCGUGACGAUUCUGAUCCUGUACAAGUACGCGCGCAACAGCAUCAUCGUGACGAAGUCAAUUCAAUCGGACACUGGUGGCUUGCCAGAGAUCGCGCAGAAGCCGUUGGACGUUGUCAGAGCCCUGGUCGGAGCCAAAAGUUUGCAGGUCCAUCGCAAAGAUAAUCAAUUCACCUUGGAGACGGACAUGAUGUCCUCCUUUCAGAGGAGGGACUUCCUUUGCAGCCUGGAAAUGGUGCUGGAGCACGAACUGUCCAAGGACAGCGCUUUGAACCUGCAAGUGGUGGUGGGCUUGGUGAACGAGGCCACUGUCCAGAUCAUUGGCAGCCACAGAGUGGCGCUGAACAAGCACUUGAACACCAUGGCUGGGAGCAUUCCGGGAGGCUGGGAUCCUUCUUCGGUGGACAAGCAAGCGUUCGUCCUCCUGCCCGAGGAGCUCAGCGGGGCCGUGCAGGACAUGUGCCACCAGGACCAGCGAAACUCAGGCCCAGGGCUGCACGAGAUCGACACCACAGGCCUGGAUUUGCUCAUGGGCGGUGCAGACAGCUCCUCCUCGGAGGAGGAGGAGGACCGUCACGUUGAAGUCUACACUGACACGCAUGAAGAGGUGCUGUGCAGGAAGGCACGGAAGGGGCCAGACAUGGACCAAGAGCACACGGAGAACAAGGUUGAGAUGCCUGACUUCCUGCAGCGGCUGCAUCGGCUGGCGCAUGACGCAGACGAGGAGGUGGAUAGAAAGAUGCGGUUGCUGGCGUACGAGAUCCGAGCGGUGAAGUGGCCUCCGAACGCCGCCGACUCGUGGAAAGAGGUGAAGUCCUUUGCAGAGAAGG